CAAGUCUAUUCAACUGAACUAUUUACCAUUUAAGAUAAGAUUCAAAUUAACAAAAAUUUUUAUUUUUGUUAAUUUUUAUCUUUUUUCCAGAAGAAUCAAAAAUAUUAUUAAUUUUAGUUAGAAUAUUUAAUGAAACAUUUAAAUGGAAUAAUAUUCCAUUUGAUAAAUUCAAUACAGAAUUCCAAAACAUUCGAUAACCGAUUAAUUCGAUUUUACUAAAAUUAAUUACAAAAAAAUCUAUAUUGAUUUAACUAAUUUAGACCUAACGAUAAAAACACAAUGAUUAUAAUGUCAAUUUCAUUAAUGAAAUCAUCAAAUUGAGAGCCUCAUGAUAGAAAUUCGAUAAUCAUUCUAUCUUCAUCGUUAGUUCUCUUAAUUAAUCGCAUUAUAAUAAUAAACUAACAAUGGAAACGUGUAUCUUUUACAUAUUGAAUCUAAAUAUUAGAGGCAUUCUUACCAUUAGUCAUUUUUACUUAUUCUUUUGUACAUUAAAUUUGAAAAAUUGACGACAAACUAUUUUCACCAUUAAAAAAUCAUCGUAAAAUUUUAAAAUCUUUUUUCUCCUAUUUUUACACUAGUGUCCACUAGGACCGAUUGUGUCCAGAAUGUUUGUGUUUCAUCGUUCAAUGCGACUCGCGGAGAGAAAAUCGAGAGUGGGGCAUCACACGAUAUAAAGAAGAACCGGUCCAAGAGGUAAUCGUUCCCACUCUAUCGGCUGUUCUCCAUCUCUUCGGUUCUCUACACAGAGUGUCUUGCAUUUCUCUCUUCGUGACCGGCCGUGGUUGGUUAUCGUAGUCGAUACUUUUGUUCCCGAUUAUUCGUACCAUUGUCUUUUGGAUUGAACGUUUCGUCGCUGCUGGCCAAGAUGUUGCUGAUCCAACCGUCGGAAGAGAUGUCGAAGCAGAUUCGCAUGGAGUUGAAUGAAAAUGUGGCGACACGCGAUAAGGAUGUGGAAGUCAUCAAGGAAUGGCUAUCUAAGCAACCACAUUUACCCCAGUUCGAUGAUGAUUACAGACUACUGACGUUUCUUCGAGGUUGUAAAUUCUCCUUGGAAAAAUGUAAGAAAAAACUGGACAUGUAUUUCACGAUGAGAACCGCAAUCCCAGAGUUCUUUACUAAUCGAGAUGUCACAUUACCAGAACUGAAAGAAAUCACUAAAAUUAUUCAGAUUCCUCCAUUGCCAGGCUUAACAAAGAAUGGACGACGAGUAAUUGUAAUGCGUGGUAUCAACAAGGAUCUUCCAACCCCAAACGUGGCAGAAUUAAUGAAACUGGUUCUAAUGAUUGGCGAUGUACGUUUAAAGGAAGAAUUAAUGGGAGUCGCAGGAGAUGUGUAUAUUUUAGAUGCUAGUGUUGCAACGCCAUCUCACUUCGCCAAAUUCACACCAGCUCUCGUGAAGAAAUUUCUAGUAUGCGUGCAAGAGGCAUAUCCAGUAAAAUUGAAAGAGGUGCAUGUGGUGAACAUUAGUCCUCUGGUCGAUACUAUCGUCAAUUUCGUGAAACCAUUCAUUAAAGAAAAAAUUCGCAACAGAAUCUUCAUGCAUAGUGAUUUGAAUACUUUAUACGAAUAUAUCCCUAGGGAAAUAUUGCCAGCCGAAUAUGGCGGCGAUGCUGGACCUCUACAGAAUAUACAUGAAACCUGGAUAAAGAAAUUAGAAGAAUAUGGUCCUUGGUUCGUAGAGCAGGAAUCAAUAAAAACGAAUGAAGCACUUCGACCAGGAAAGCCAAAGACUCACGACGACUUAUUCGGAUUGGACGGAUCGUUCCGACAGUUGGUGAUCGAUUAAACCUAGAAAUCUGUCAAUGAUGACAACUUGAUUAACUUUUCUCGGUGCUAAUUCGAAGAAAAUUUGCUGGAAGGAAUAAGAGAGAUGAAACAUCCGCAUCGCAAUUUUUUUUUCCGACAUAUAAUUUGAAUAUAUUAACAUAACCUUUUUAUAUUUUUUUUAAAUCGAAAUUAAUUUUAUAAAUAUUUUAUACAUUUUUAAAAAUUUAUUUUAAUUCCGUGGAAAAAAUCUAAAUUCUUAAGAUAAAAUAACUGCCAAAAUUUCAUAGAGUCAGUAUUAGAUAAUAUCUAAUUCAAUCAUUAAAUUAACUUGAAUAUUUUUAAUAUUACUUAAAGUAUAAUUCCAAACUUUUUAUUGGAAAUGCAUAUUUAUACACGUUUUAUAUUUUUAUAAGAAUCUCUAUUUAUCUUUUAUAUGCUUGUUUGUUUUAUAUAUUUCUUGAUAGAUUCUUAACUGUGUAUUUUGUAGAAUUUUGCGUAGAAUAGUUAUUUUUCAUUCAAUUAUUUUUUUAUUCAUUAUAUUAUAUAUAAUUGAUUAAAAACGUUAAGAGAUAUAAAUAUGCAGAAUCAUUUCGAAUCUACUAUAACCUAAUCUAUCUGAUCCAUUUAAAUUUUUUCGUUUCAAAGUUCGAGUUUUCUGGAUUCGUGACGAUUUCAUUCGAAUUUUAUCGGAUCAAUUUGAAAUUAAUAAUAUUUUAUACUUUUAAUUGUGAAUACUUACAAUAAAUGCGAUUUUUUGCGAUUAAAUAGAUGAUAUUUACUUGGAUAAAUUCUUGGUUAUGAAUAAAUUUGUAUAGUUGAUAAAUUGAUCGUACACGAAAGAACAUAAUCUUAAGAAUUUUAAAAUAAUUUUGAUUGUAAUUUUAAUAUACAUGUUAUUUUCUUUUAAAAUUCUGCAUGUUAUUUUUUAAGUUUUUUAUUAAAACAUUUAUUAUUUUAUUAGAUAUUCAAUAAUCCUGAAUUAUAAUAAAUUGUUAUAUAAUAUAUUAAUUAUAAUGAUAUAAUGUAUUAUAUGUAACUUAAUUAUUUAUAAGAGAUAUUAUUUCCUGGAAAUAAUUAGAAUACUUUUCUUUCGAGAUACUCUUUUCUUCUUUAAGAAAUCACUUUUAUCGUUAAAAUGAUAUAAGAGUUAAAAUAGUCAUAGAUUUUCGUUUCGAGCGCAAAACAAUCCAGUUCUACACGAUUAUCCUUACACAACUAAUUCUUAUAUUUGUAAUUACUGCCUCGAAAGUAGGUUAGAACACGUAAGUACAUAGAACGAAAUAAACACUUUCAAUUUUUGAAAGUACAAUUUCUUUUUAUCUCCACACCACGUUGGAAAUAGGCUCGGUUUAUGUGCAAUGUACGAUACGUUUAUACAUGUAAAAAAUAAUUAACACAGAGAAGAUAUCUCUCAUAAUUAUUGUGUAAUCUGUAAUGUUACAACGUUUACAAGAAAACAUUUACAUAUGCAUACUUAUACAUAAAAUGAUAUUAUUUUUGUAUAAGAUACAAUAUAGCGUUGUAUAUUUAAUAUAAGAAACAAUAUAUUAUAGAAUACUUUAUAAUAAGUACUUAUAAAGAAAUUUAUUUUCUUUUUUUUUAAAUUUAUAAAAGCAAAUAGUAAUAAUGAUAAAAUUGUAAAAAAAUAUUCUUUUUUCAGAAUUUAUAAUAUAUACUUAAAAUAAUAAUAUAUAUAUUUAUGUAGAUUUUUUUGAAAUAUUUUUAAUUAUUUAGCUUUAAUAGAAAAUUUUAAUAAAAUUUAAUAGAAAAUUUGCACAUUUAUGAAAAAAAUAUGUAAAUAUAAAAUAAAAUAAUAUAAUUAUAGAAGAAAAUAAUAAUUGUACGAAAUAUAAUAAUUUUAUUGCGUUUCCUUAAUGAUAUUUCUGGAAAAAGUCGAUUUUUUUGCGAAAAUAAUUUAACGAAGUAUAUUGCGUUCUUUUAAUUGCUUCAUUUAAAUGAUGGAAUAAAAUCGUGUUUGCGAUUUAUUGGAGCAAAUGUAAUUGAUUAUAACCGGUCGUACGUGGAAAAAUAUUUAUAUAGAAUCCGCGAUGCAUACCGUACGUGAUAACGAUAAAAAUUCUGAUCGCCUCAAAUGUAUAUGUAUUUUCUUUUUCUUUUUUUUUAAAUAUGAAAUAUAUUUUAUAAACUUUAAAAA